AUGGCACUGUCGGGCGUGAAGGGCUUCGACGAGCACGAGUCGGCAGUGGAGAACCUGUACUUCAACAAGGAGGACGAGCGCAUCCUGCGCAAGAUCCUGGGCAAGGUGAAGAACCAGGCCGAGCAGGACGAGACCGCCAAGGCGCAGCACGCGGCGGCGGACGAGGCUGCGCUGCGCCAGAUCCUCGCGAAGUACAGCGUGGCCGACCACGAUAUCAAGGCCCUCCUGCACUGGAAGCACGCCACCUAUUGA